UGUAAACGACCUCGCUAGGCAACAAUAGUGGACCAGGAAAAUGCUUUGCAAGGUUGCAGCCAGCUAAAUAUAUUUUAACUGCUUAUCUGAAAAAGUUCAGAAGAAAAACAUUUAGCUAACUAUAGUUUAAUGAUAGCUAAUAACACGUUUAUCAAAUGUUGCCAGAGUGAAUUCAAAUAAUCAGUCAAAAUGUCAACAGCCUCUGCACCUAUGGUGCAGUAUGGUCGAAGAAAAGGUUCAAGCAGAAGAGUCAUUUUGGCGGAGGGUAAAAGUGAGCUGAGCCCAGCGGUAGAUAUUCGCAAAGUAACAGUAUUGCCCAAAUCCGAAUGGUUACGACUGCAAGCCAGUGUCAGUGGUGUGAGCAGACACCCCGACAGUCGCGCUGAAGCAGCAAGGCAGCGGGCGGCCCUGCACCUGCGUUCUGAGGAAGUGGUCAAAAACUGGCCCAAUACUAUAGCUGGACAACGGCAAAAAAAACUGGAGGCAAAGAAACUUAGAGAAGAGAUUGAGGAGGAAGAGAGGAAACAAAUUGAUACAGCGGAAGCAAAGUACCAAGAGCAAAAAAGAAGAGAAGCCAUUGAGAAAGCAAAAGCCCAGCAAUAUUAUCAGACUGACAGAGUGAAAGGAUUCCAUAGUGCCCUGCUGUUGACUGAGGUUCUGAAGGAGCGGGAGGCCCAGAUUGAGUUGAAGCAGAGGAAACAGAAUGCCUCUAAGGAUAUAGAUAAAGAGAUCAUGGCUAUGAUCCUGCACAGAGAGAGGCAGACUUUACAGAAGGAGCAGCAGGACGACCUAGAGAAGAAGCGAAAGUGUCUGGUGGUCGCUGAGAGUUUGAAACAACAGAUUGAGGAGCAUAAGCAUGCAAGAGAACAAGAGAGAAAGGAGGAAAGAAAGCAGGUAGAGGAAAUGCAGCGACUCGAAGAGCUCUAUCUAUCGGAGCAAUCCAUGCAAGAGCAGAAGAAGAAAGAGCAGAAGAGAAGCAUCAUGAGAGCUCACUGUGAACACCUGGCUAACAGGGAUCUCAUCAAAGCGACCGAGGCUCAGAAUGAGAAGAUGGAGGAUGAGAGUCGAAGGCUUUUUGCAAAAGCUAAAGAGAAAAUGAUGAAACUCAGGAAAGAGAAAGAAGCAGAGCUGUUUAGAGAGUUCCAGAGACACAGAGAGGCUAUUACUGAGAGACUGAAAGCCCAGCAUCAGGAACAGACCACUAAUGAGGAAGAGUUGAUCUUCAAGGCAGUGGAAGAAGCUGAAGCCAAGCAGGCUCAGCAACAGCGAGAAAAGGAUGAGAAGAAAGCAGCAAUGUUGAAGUCCAUAGCCACACACAGAGAAGCUAUGCGACAAGAACAGCAGCUCAGGGUGCAAGAGGAGAAACAGAAUGCAAUUGAGAUGCUUAAUGCAAAGAAAGUAGCAGAUAGCAUUUUUCUUGAAAAACAACUCCUCAAGGCCCAACAAAUGAAAGAGAAUGCCAAAGCACUACAAGACAUUUACGUACAUCAAAUGGCUGAGAAAUGUGCACAGGAUCAGCGCAUGAAAAAAGAAGAAGAGGAGUUUGAGGCAAGCAACGCUGCUCUUAUUGCCGAAGAGGAGAAUCAGUUUCAGCGGUACGCCAAGCAAGUGAUCCAGACAGCCAGUGAGGCCCAGCGGAACACCCGUGCACUGCGCAAGGCUGCACGGGAGGGCAUCGGUGGAGGACUGGGCCCCAUGUUUAGUGGAGUUAGGCCAAGUUAUCUUGUUCAUGAUGAGUCUGGCGUUCAGAUGCCCAGUUAUGUGUGCAGUAGUAGUCAAGGCAUAAAGGAGCUGAAUGAAACUGUCAACAUUAAGGAGUCCAAAAAACGACUAGGAUUUACUUGGUGAUCAUGGGUAAUAUAAUAUUUACCUGUUCAAGGCUAUGAUUUGUUGCCAUUAAUACACAGUAAUAAAAAAAAAAUCUUUAAAAUGAUCUAAGUUAGUUUUUUGAAAAGGAAUUGUAGCUGUGUUAGUUGUAUUGUAGACUUUUGAUUGUUAUACAGUGGUGUGAA